AUGUGUCCAAACAUAAAUCAAACAAAACAGAAUCCAUCAACUGAAAUAGAUGCCAAGAUUAUCUUGUCAUCAAGGAAUUCAUCUACAUUAUUGUUAACGGUAUUGGUAAAAAUCAUCAAUAAAGACAGAUCUUUAAUUAUCCGAGGAUUAUUCGAUACCGGUGCUCAAAGAUCUUUCAUAAAAAAGGAUAUUGUGUAUAAACUAGGAUUGGAACCAGUAGAUCAAGAAAUGUUAAGUCAUGGAUUUAUGGGGGCCAGUGAAACUAAACAAAAGUCCCAUAAUGUGUAUAACAUUACAUUGCAAAGCUUGUGUUCAAAUUUCAGGCUCAACAUUUCCGUUUUAGAUGAAAAGAAAAUAUGUGGUGCUAUUCCUCGUGUAAGUAAUCCUGAAAUUUUCCCCAUUUUGAAGAGAAAAAAUAUAGAAUUAAGUGAUACAGGGGAAGACACUCCUGAAAUAGAUUUAUUAAUAGGAGCAGAUUACCUUGGUGUAUUGCUGACGGGAUCAAUUAAACACAUUGAUAAAAAUUUAGUAGCCAUAAAAACAAAACUCGGAUGGAAACUUCAAGGUAAACAAACGAAACAGUCAAAAUCUUUGGAGAAUAUUAUUUAUGUUGAUAAUUUAGAUUUGACGGAAUUAUGGAGCCUAGAUGCCAUUUGUAUACGAGAUCCUGUAGAAAUUAAAUCAAGGCAAGUAGUCGAUGAAGAAAUAGUUGAAUUUUUCCGUAAAACUAUCAAGAGAAAUGACGACAAGAGAUAUGAAGUAUGUUUGCCGUGGAAAAGUGGAUAUCCAGAGUUAGAAAGCAACAAAGAAUUAGCCACUAAGCGUUUGAUGUCAACUACAAAAAAUCUCAUUCGAUCAGGACAUUUAAGCGAAUAUGAUGAAGUGUUUAAUGAGUGGAUUCGAGAGAAAACUAUCGAAAUUGUAGAUGAAGAUAAGAAUAAAGGACACUAUUUACCUCAUCAUCCUGUAAUAAAGACUGUUGAUACAACUACAAAGAUUCGUCCAGUUUUCUAUGCCUCAGCAAAAGACUCUAAAGGAAAUUGCUUGAAUAAUUGCUUAGAAAAGGGUCCAAAUUUAUUAGAAUUAGUACCAAAAUUGAUAAGGCAAUUUCGCAAAAAUUCUAUUGGAAUAUCAGAUAUUAAAAAGGCCUUUCUGCAAAUCAGCCUGAACCCAAAGGAUAGAGACUACUUUAAGUUUUUAUGGUGGAAAGUUUUUUCAAGAAGAAAUGAAUUGAUCACCCUAAGACAUUGUCGAGUGGUAUUUGAUGCUUCUCCUAGGCCACUUUUACUUGAGGCAACGAUAGCUCAUCAUCUAGAGAAUGUUUCAGAUGGAAGGAAGGAAACAACUCGUCAACUUCAAAAAUCUUUUUAUGUAGAUAAUUGCAUAACUAGUUUAGAAACUAGAGAAAAGGCAGCCAAAUUUAUUUCUGAAGCUAAAGAACUGAUGUCUGCAGCCAAAUUUGAUUUAAGAGAUUGUCAGAUAAUUCUUCACUGUUUCAGUGACGCCAGUGAAGUCUCUUAUGCCGCAUGUAUUUUUUUACGUGCUGAAUAUAACGGGAAAGUUUCAGUUCAAUCAGUAGCAAGUAAAUCAAGAGUGUCACCAACAAAGAAAAUUACAAUUCCUCGAUUAGAACUGGGAGAUGAAGAAGAGAAUUUUAAGUGUCCAGUAUUGUUGCCGGGUAACCAUGAAAUAAUUCGUCGGUUAAUACACCAGAAACAUUGUGAGUUGCAGCAUGCCGGACUUCGAACUCUCAUUUCCAAUUUGAGGGAAAAUUACUGGAUUAUUUCUGUCAAUAAAAUAGCAAAACGAGUAAGCUCUCAUUGUAUUACUUGCAAAAGAUUUAAAGUCAGACCUACGGAGCCACCUGUAGCACCUCUUCCUAAAAAUACAAUAAAAGUUGCUGCAGAAUUUGAAGUCGCGGGGAUUGAUUUGGCGGGCCCAUUGUUUUUGCGUUCUGGAGAAGAGACAUGGAUUGCCCUUUUUACCUGUGCUAUUUAUAGGGCUGUUCAUCUUGAGUUAGUCAAUUCCUAG